AUGGCUGAUCCUUCUGCUGCUGCUCAUGUGUUGGUUCUUAUGUAUCCAACACAAGGGCACAUAAACCCGAUGCUCCAAUUCUCGAAAAACUUGGUCUCAUAUUCGAAAGACGUGAAAGUGAGUCUGAUCACUGCCUUGAUCAGCGAAAAAUGCUUCUCCACCAGCAACAAAAAUAUCAAUGUUGUAAUUCUUGAUGAUGAGGACGGCACGAACAAGGCGCCUCCUAAGGGCGUUGACGAGCUUGUGGGCAUGUUUAAGUCCAUCAUGGAUCAGAAACUGACCGACUUCAUCAACAAACAGAAACAAGUCAUGAGAUCUCAUGAUCACAACAACACUCCAAAGAUGAUCCUAGUCUACGACUCUUCCAUGCCAUGGGCCGACCAUUUUGCUAAGCAAUCUGACCUUCUUUCUGCUGCUUUCUUUACCCAAUCAUGCUCUGUCACCGCUCUCUACUAUCACUUCAAAAAUGGAAACCUUAACAUCCCUCCUACCCCCACCGAUCAUCUCUGUCUACCUAAUCUGCCCCCUUUCCUAAUCAAUGAUCUCCCUUCUUUUAUAGUCAAAAAGGGUACUUUCCCCCUGCUCACCACCCUCAUGGCCGAUCAAUCUGACAACUUUGGCAAAGCGGAUUGGAUCCUCUUCAACACCUUUGAUGCCCUUGAACCAGAGGAGGUGAAAUGGACAUCAAGCAAAUGUGUUGUAAAAACAAUUGGACCAACAAUCCCAUCAAGAUAUCUAGGGAUGAAGGUUGAGAAUGAGGAUGAGAAUGACAUGAACCACUAUGGUUUCAACCUAUACGAGCCAAAAACAGACACAUGCAUAAAAUGGUUGAACGGUAUGGAGGAAGGAUCGGUGGUUUACGUGUCAUUCGGGAGCAUGGCGAGUCUAAGCAAGGAGCAAAUGGAGGAAUUGGGAUAUGGGUUGAUGAAUAGCAAGUGUCAUUUCUUGUGGGUGGUAAGAUCUGGGGAGGAGGAAGCCAACAUCCCGAGCUGGUUCAAGGAAAAGAGUUGUGAUCAUCAAGGUCAAAUUGUGAGUUGGUGCCCACAGCUUGCGGUUCUAGCUCACAAGGCGGUUGGGUGUUUUGUUACACACUGUGGAUGGAACUCGACGAUGGAAGCUAUUAGCUCCGGAGUGCCAAUGGUGGCCAUGCCACAAUGGUCUGAUCAAAUGACUAAUGCAAAGUACAUAGAGGAUGUGUGGGGGGUUGGAGUCAGGGCUGAGUUCGAUGACAUCAGGGGGGUUUUUACUAGACAAGAGAUUGAAACUUGUGUCAACAAAGUUAUGAAAAUAAAUAAAGAUGAUGAUGAUCAAUGCAACAACUACAGAAAGAAUGCUCUGGAGUUGAAGAAGUUGGCCAUGGAGUCUGUUCGUGAAGGUGGGACCUCAUAUAACAACAUUCAGGACUUCAUUUCUCGACUUCUCAAUUAA